AUGACGAAUAAGGGAGAGGAAGAGCCGGAAAGAGCCAGGCGGGCCCGCUUGCUCAGGCUCUUCGAGACACUAGAUACCAAUCAACAAGGCCAAUUGGACCUCGAGGGUCUGAGAAACGGUCUGAAGAGAAUCAACCACCCUCUCCAAAAUGCCGAUAAGAUGCUGCAAGACUUGAUGGAUAUUUGCGAUACUAGUGGUGAUGGUUUCAUUCAAUUCGAUGAAUUUGUAGUGUUUAUGGAGGCGACAGAACAGCACCUACGAGGUCUGUUUAAUGCUAUCGAUAGGGAUAAGAAUGGUCAGCUAGACCGGUCGGAAUUGGCACAUGCCCUUGAGAGCAAUGGAAUAAAGGUCGAACCGCACAAGUUGCAGGCCUUUUUUGAUCGUUUAGAUAAAAAUAGUGAUGGACAGAUUACUUUUGAGGAGUGGAGAGAUUUUCUUGUCUUCAUCCCUCAGUUCGGAGACGACGGUCUGGAUCCAGGCAUAAGGGCAAUAUAUUCAUACUACCUGGCUACUGUGAAUGUCAAUCCUGAAGGCGAUGUUACUCUGAAUGACGAUUUGUUUGAGAGCAUAGGCUUCUUCCUAGCAGGAGGUGCCGCUGGUGUGGUCUCAAGGACCGCCACGGCUCCAUUUGAUCGACUCAAGGUCUACCUGAUAGCGCAGACUGAUGUUGGCCAAACGAAGGAGGCAGUUAAGACGGCAGCUGUCAAAGGUGAAGUCGGGCAGCUUGCCAAAACUGCCACAAGGCCGAUGAGAGACGCUAUUCGCACUCUCUGGAAUGCCGGUGGCGUGAGAUCCUUUUUUGCUGGCAAUGGACUCAAUGUUGUAAAGGUUUUACCUGAAAGUGCCAUCAAAUUUGGGUCAUUCGAGGCCGCCAAGCGCCUUUUCGCUCGGCUCGAGGGCGCAGACGACCCUAAACAUAUAUCAGGUGGCUCGAGAUUUCUGGCUGGGGGUGUGGGCGGUGUGGUUAGCCAACUCGCCGUUUACCCCAUCGACACUUUGAAAUUUCGGAUGCAAUGUGAGAUGGUUGCCGGAGGCCCACGCGGAAACCAGCUUAUUGUCGCUACCGCCAGAAAACUUUGGUCAACUGGCGGUUUCUACCGCGGCUUACCGCUGGGCCUUGUCGGUAUCUUUCCAUAUUCCGCUAUCGACCUCGGAACAUUCGAGUGGAUGAAAAGGUCGUACAUCACUACUAGAUCGAAAACCUUGGGAAUUAGAGAGGAGGAUUUCCAAAUGUCCAACUUUGUUGUAUUGGCGAUUGGCGCCACAUCCGGUAGUGUCGGGGCGACCAUCGUCUAUCCUAUUAAUCUUUUGAGGACUAGGUUACAAGCACAGGGGACUGCCCAACACCCACAAACCUAUACAGGUAUGUGGGAUGUUACUAGUAGAACACUGAAGCAGGAGGGUGUGAAGGGGCUGUUCAAGGGAUUAACGCCUAAUUUGAUGAAGGUUGUUCCCGCGGUUUCUAUUUCUUAUCUCGUGUAUGAAAACUCGAAGCAACUUAUGGGUCUAAGAUAG